UGCCGAACAUGCCGAUACCGCACCGAAUCUUAGUUUCAAGACGAUAACCGAAAUCGUUAAACGCGACGAUCUAAUAGCCCAAGAGCGGCUUUUACUUCUUCCGCAUCCAAUGACUUCUGCUUUCUCCUGGUUCGAUGUCUAAACUGAACAAAAAAAGUUCUGAAGGCGGGCAUUCCUUCGAUUUUUAGGUGCCCCGGUGGUGUUGUUUUGAGAGAAUGACAGAGGCGCAGACUACCACAAAGGCCCAAACGAACAAUAUCAACGGAUGGGAUGGCCCUGAUGAUCCUACGCAUCCGAGGAACUGGCCAACAUUGCGCAAAUGGGUUAUUACCGUCAUCACGUCGCUCAUGACGUUUUCCGUCACUUUCGCAAGUAGCGUGUUCAGCACGGCGGAAACACCGACAGCUGAGAAGUUCCACGUUUCUCACGAAGUGAUGGUUUUGGGAUUGAGUCUUUUUGUUUUAGGAUAUAGUUUCGGGCCUCUGCUAUGGGGUCCGCUGUCUGAAGUCUGCGGGCGGAAAUUUCCCCUAAUGCUGGGUGUAAUUGUCUUUUGCGUCUUCCAGAUACCCGUGGCAGUUGCGCAAAAUGUCCAGACCGUCAUAGUAUGUCGUUUUAUCGGUGGCAUCUUUGCCUGCGCGCCCCUUGCUAUUGUCGGAGCAUCUCUAUCUGAUAUUUGGGAUCCGGUCCAACGAGGGAUCGCGGCAUGCAUUUACUCUGGUGCUACCUUCUCUGGCCCUGUUCUCGGUCCGAUCGUUGGCGGGUUUCUGGUCAAUAGUCAUCUGGGCUGGAGAUGGACGGCUUGGAUCACUCUUAUUCAGGGAUUCUUCUUCUGGGUGCUUGGUAUGCUGUGUGUCCCGGAGACACAUGCGCCCACGUUGCUGCGACGGAAGCUUGAGGCUGUUCAGAAAGUCGCAGAUGAGAGCGCACGCCGUGGGAGUAUACGAAGGAUGAUCAGUCCAGGUGUGAAUCCACAGCAGAAUAAGAUCACCUUACGGAUAUUUGUCACCAAGUAUUUAACGCGACCACUUGUCAUGUUGGUAUCCGAGCCAAUACUGCUUCUGACUACGCUAUACAUGUCCCUCGUCUACGGUACUUUAUACCUUUUCUUCGAAGCGUAUCCCAUCUCUUUUCAGGAGCAACGUGGUUGGAACCCCGGAGUCGGCGCACUGCCCUUCCUAGGCAUCACAGUUGGCGUGGUAUUCGGCAACAUCACUAUCCCAGCAACCACCCUCUUCCGCUUCAAGCGCAAGUAUCUCGAAGGCGGGAACAAAGUCGCGCCCGAGGAGCGCCUGAUCCCCAUGAUGAUCGGCGCCGUGGUUCUCCCACCCGGACUCUUCUGGUUCGCCUGGACCAGCAACCCGCACAUCACAUGGGUUCCUCAGGUCAUAGCUGGAGUGCCCAUCGGGAUGGGAAUCCAGAUCAUCUAUACGAUGGGAUUCAACUAUAUUCUCGACGCCUACACCCCCUAUGCCGCUAGUGCUGUUUCUGCUAAUACGUUCAUACGAUCCAUGGCCGCGGCAGGGUUUCCGCUUUUUGCGACGCCCAUGUAUCAUAAGCUGGGGAUCAGCUGGGCAACGUCGUUGUUGGCCUUCCUUUCUCUGCUUCUGAUGCCGGUACCGGUUUUGUUUUAUGUAUAUGGAGAACGAAUUAGGAACCGGGGACGGUUUAGCGUUGGGUAGAUUUUGUUAAUAGGAUUUAAUAGGAAUUGUACAUAUAAAUCAUAGAAAUCAGCAGUACAUAACUGGUUGUGAAUGAAAUUUUCCGUCUGAAUAGUGGAUGAUGAGAUAUG